AUGGCAGACACGGGUAAACUCGUGGACCUGAUAGAGAUUUCCCAAUUUUCUGCCCUUCUUUCAUUUCGAUUUACUUUCUUUGCAGUUUUUCUGUUGGGGGUUUCCUUUGAAAUUCACAUUGUAAGCAGUGCUCCUUUUAUGUUGCUGCUGGACACAUUCAACUCUCAUGGCUCUGCUACUGCUAAUAGGCAAUUAAGGCUACACGGAAGAAGAACAAAUAAAGCUUUACCUAUGUCACCUGAAAAUGCUUCAGGGAUAGUGGACGCUGAGGUUCCCAUGGACUGA